CAGAAACUCCCCAGGAUGAGGAGCCCAUGGAAAUUGAGGUUCAAGCCUAGUGACGAGACUCACUACAGGAAAGAGGUCGUUCUUCUGACAACAGACAACAACCUCCUGCUGAAUGUCAGUAAGACCAAGGAGAUUGUUGUCAACUUCCAGAGAGACAACACCCAACAUCCACCACUGACCAUCGAUGAGGCUGCUGUGGAGGGAGUGAGCAGCACCAAAUUCCUGGAGGUGCACAUCAGUGAAGACCUCUCCUGGACUACCAACACUGCAUCACUGGGUGGGAUGGCCUCCUCACAGGAUAAAAAUGAAGGUGUACUGCUAACUCUUUCACUAAAGUGGUCACAGUCUGAUCAACUACAAAAACCAAAACCAAGACUAGAGAAACUUCUUCAGACUUGGUUCAACAAAAGAGAGAAUAAGAUGGACUGCUCAGUUGAAAGCAUCCGAAAAGAUGGAAGUGCCUUGAUCAAAGUGAAACCCAGCCUAGCUCUGAGUGAUCUUUGGGAACUGAAUGGAAAAACACUGACCAGCAAAGAUGGAAAAACAGUCACCGUACUGUCCAUUAGUCUGGCACCACCAAACCUGGAUUCACAAAAACCAGAUGAUGAGUCAAUGAGCAAUUCUUCCUCUGUGCCGGGGCCACAAGCUGAUAAAAAACAGAGUGACCCAGGUAGGAAAGAUAUUGACCCACAAGGGAAAAAUUCUCCUGAAGAGCAUAAAAAGCCAUCUGAAGAUUGCCUUGUCUCAGUGGGUCAUUACUGGUAUGUGAACCACAUCUACAAGGAGGAAAUUCAAAGUAUACUGAAAAGAAAUAAAGUUAAAAUUAAAACAAAUGUCAGUGUAGAAUUUGAAGCAGACCAAGAAGAUGGAAGCCCACAAAAAGCUCUCGUCGAGUUCACAGAACUAGUCCAGGAUUCUUUAUCUGAAUCUUGUGGCACAGUUUUCCCUCUCAAGUUUGUUGAUCCAGAUCAGUGGAGUGAUGCUAUGAGAGUUGUCCAGAAAAACAAAAGUAAACUUCUGCUGACCUUGUCCUGUGAAGAAGUGACUGUAUGUGGGCCAAGUCAAAGUCAAGAUGCUUUCAGUGCAGCUUUAAAUGCAAUGCAGAAAAGAAAUCCCUCUCUCAGAGAGCACAAACCAGCACUUCAAGACACAUCACCAAAGAUAAAUAUGACCAUCAAAGAUCCUCUUGUUGAUGCAGGAUUAACCAUGAAUGAGAGCCACUGGAAGCUGAUGAAUACUGCUUAUGCUGAAGAAUUAACAAAGAUCAAAGAAAAGUUUGGUGUGACCUUCAGAGAAUCUAACUUGAGUCAAGACAAAAUUGAUGUCAAAGCUUCUUACUUAGGACCUGGAGGAAAUGCCUCCUUGGAAAGUCAUGCAGUCAGAGCUCUUCUACAUCUGCACCAGAAGACUGCCACAUCACCCUUAAGGCUCACCCAACCUGUUUGUGCCACUGGGCUCAGUGGCUCAGUGGACAAGUCCAGCAUUGGUCAUUGGUCAGAGGAGACCUCCGGUGGACCUCCAUUUAAUGGAGAAUCAACACAUCAGUACACCAAAGCACCAGAAAGAGAGGGAGCGUCAGCAGGAGAUAUUGAAGAUGACAAAUGUCCUAUUUGCUUGUCUACAUUUACCAAUAAGACACAACUGAAAUGUAAACAUAAAUUUUGCAACGACUGCCUGCAAGAAGCCAAGAAACACGGUGGGCCCAUCUGUCCUGUAUGCAAAGAUGUCUUUGGUCUGAUAGAGGGAGACCAGCCAGAUGGACAAAUGACAUGGACAACAUAUCCCUCACCUCUCCCUGGAUUCCAAAACUGUGGCCACAUUGUAAUCACAUAUGAUAUUCCAGGGGGAGUACAAACGGGAAGGCAUCCCAAUCCUGGUCAGCACUACUAUGGUACUCGCAGAGUUGCAUAUCUUCCAGACAACAAGGAGGGCAAAGAAGUGCUGCAACUGUUGAAAAAAGCAUUUGGUCAGAAGUUGAUUUUCACUGUUGGGGCCUCCAGAACGACUGGGGCAGAGAACCAGGUGACCUGGAAUGACAUUCACCACAAGACAUCUCCAUCAGGAGGGCCACAGCGUUUUGGGUAUCCUGACCCCAACUAUCUGAAAAGAGUCAAGGAGGAGUUGAAGGACAAAGGCAUUAAGUGACGACACCAAGUGAAAUCUUCUUUGUACGAGACAGAAAAAAAAAUCUCUUAAAUGUUUGAAGUAUAAAAAUGAACAUAUGCUUUGCUAUCUCUUAUUUAGGAAUGUUUAAUAUAACCAGUAACGGUUGCUUUAAGGUUCAGUAAAAAUAUUCAGCUCAGAGGUGUUUUGCAAGAUCAUGUUCGCAUAUAAAAGGUGAUUUCAGUUGAUGGCUGUUUUUUCUUUUUCUUUUGUUUGGCUUUGUCAAAUUGCUUUAACAUGUGAGACAAAUGCAUUUAAGCAUGUGAUUGUAAUCUUGAUGGCACAGAAUAGAGGUUCAAAUUUACUGUUUGCCUAAUAAAUAGUUAAAUUAC